AUGGCAAGCAAGGAUGGACCGCCAACUGUGGAACACGAUUCCUCCAGGAGCCGAACUGCUCUCAGCCCUACUCGUCGCGAGCGAAAACGGGCGAGUGACCGACUGUCUCAACAAGGGACGCGGGCAAGGACCAAGGCAUAUAUUGCGCACCUCGAGAGCACAUCGGCAAGACUGACAGAGGCGCUCGCGGGCAACGGUGCUGCUGUUUCCGAACAAAUGGCGCAACAGUAUGACGAGAUUGAGGGAUUGAAGGGCGUGAUUGCACGGAUUGCAAAGAUUGCAAAUGGGGCGGUAGGCUUCACUUAUGCCAGCACAGAACCCGACAUUCAGAACCGGCCAUCGACAGAUAUAUCCCACUCCAGUCUGCAUGGGAUAGCACUUUCGAGCCCAGCGGCAACUGUGCCUGCUGGAUAUUGUGGCUGUUUUACUCCGGAGACAUUCCCACCGGUCCCGCAUAUCAAUCAGGAGUCACUGAAGAAAAUCUACCCCACGAUUAACCUCGAAUGUAGCAACAAAGACCGCGAUUAUUUCGGGGCGCUCAAUCACGCGUUGGUGACGAUCGAAAGUAACCACGCACGCCACCUGUUUUCCGGCCCACACGUUGACGAUGACACCAGUAUUAGGGCGGUCUUACACGGCUGGAAUGCUGCAAGAGCCAAAAAUCCCUUUGAUGUUGGAUGGCAAUUACUUCAAAUCCUAGAUGAAGGUCUCUUCUUCAGAAGUGGAUCGGUAGAGCGGAUGGCUAUUUUGCGGAUCAUGAGAGCAAUGCUGAUGACCAAGAUCAAUUCCCAUCUUCCACCGGAAAGAAAACCCCCUUCCUUCAUGAAUCCCAGUCCUUUGCAGGCGCAGGUCAGCCACCCGAGGCUGAUCGACUAUUUCGUGUGGCCCGAGGUUCGUGACUAUCUGAUCAUUAGUGGCAUCAGCUACGCGCCCGAGAGAUUGGCGGCUCAAUUCGCCGUCGACAUUGGCUUCAAAUGGCCAUUCACCCUCCGAGACACAUGCACAUAUCAGCCAUCAACGGGAGUGUACGCAUUUUCCAAAGAGUUUACAGAGGCAUGCGAAAGUCUGGAAUCAUGGUAUUUCAAAUCGCCUAUUAUGUCAAUCCACCUUCCUCUAUCGCCAGACAAGUCCGCAACGGGUUUGGAGGACGAUUGGCCGGGAACUCUGCCCCGGUCCUGCAACCUGCCUUCCGAGACAUUUCAACAAGCUGACUCUUGGAAUGGUGCCUGGGAGGGAAUCAUGCCGACAGAGAACCCCUAGUUCUCGCGGGUAUUGGACUAGGCUAUAUUUUUCGACCUGGCGCUGCCCCGAGCCUGUGCCUCACACCUAUGCCAUAGUGAGCCCGAUCACCCAUGCUGAAGUCCGCGAUUCUAUGUCUUGGGCUCACGAUGAACGCGGCAUGUCUGGUGCGGAGAAUGAACCGGGAGUUGUCUCCUUUCGUUCGCUAUUCGGAUCGUAUGUCAUUGAUGCUGUGGGAGCUCCAUAAAUACUCUGCCGCUGAACUCGGCACUCUGAACCAGUUGCCAAUCUUUCCAGAGUGAGACAACGAACAGUCUCCGAGUUUGGGGUCAUGGUCGUUGUAGGCGGUAAUCGAGCAUUCCGGCGUGCAAAGGCAACAAAUGAAACGGGCUCCCGAGGCAAGGCCCAGAUGUCCGACCUCAGGGCGGUGUAUGCCUUGGUGAGAGAUGCGGUUCCGGCUUCUGAAGGAGAAAGCGAGAGCGACGGAAAUUAUCCCAUGAGCAUUCUACCUGAUGCUUGCGUCAGAUCUAUUCAUGAGUAUCCCGCGG